AGAGGUCAAAAGAUAAAAAGCACCUCCCUCCCGCCAAAAGAGUAAGUAUUCUGCAUACCCGCGCGGAACCCCAAAUUCGAAACUGUAUAAUAGAACCAAAACAGAAAGAAGAAAAAACCCAUUGAGCUAGACAUUUUCACAAACACUUGGUAGGCACCCACCAUCAAAAUUCACGAUGAAAUUCAAGGCCUUUCUGACAGAAAAUGGAGUAACCCUUUUAGAGAAGAGAUUCAUUCCAGCCUUUGAAAAAAUGGGGAAAAUCUGUUAUGUGUAUCUCACCAAAGAUCACACCUUCUUCCUCCACAACCUCCUUAACAACGAUGGUGUUCAAUCAAUCGCUCAAUUUGGAAAGGAUGCCUUCUUCUCUGAAUAUCGAAUCUCUAGUCAAAACGAAGAUCGUAUCGCUUUCACUCUUGAUCUCUCUCUCCUCCUCCGAGCGCUACGAUCAGCCGCCGCCAUUUCUUCGUCCGUUGAUCGCCUCCAAAUCAAGCUCGUCAAGAAACUCCCCCCAAAUUCCACAAACCCCAUGCCUUUUCUCACCUUUGAGACUAAAGGUUAUGCUUCUGCUGUCAUUCAGGACGUUCCGAUAUCGAAACCGCUUUCGAGGGCUCAAGUUACCGAGCUCCAGACCGGUCUUGACGAUGCACAAGACCUCCCAAGAACCCUUGUUGGUGUGAGUGAGUUGGACAGUUUGUUGAUAUUUGUAGAGAGGAUGAAGCAGUUGGGUGAUGUGAUUGGUGUUGAGAUUGGCAAAACUGGUGAAUUGGGUUUGAAGGUGUCAAGCAGUUUGGUUACUUUAGGGGCAAAAUUCAAGAGUCUGAUGAUUAUAGGAGAAGAUAGUAAUGGCGAUGAAGGUGGUGAGAUGAGUGUGUUGGUGAGUAUGAAGCAUUUCGUCAAGUGUUUGCAGUGUCAUUUGGCUAAGCCUGAUUGUGCUUUCUAUGGAGUUGGGUCUCAGGGUGGUUCUUUGACUGUUGUUUUCCAAUUCUUUGUUCCGGGGUCGAGGCAGACCGAUAAAUCUAUCAGCUUGCAUUGUAGGCUUCCACUGCUUGAUCCUGGUUCUUGAGUAACUCACUCCUUUAAGCUUUAUUGCUUCUGUGAGUUCUACUGAAUUUUGGUAUAUUAUUAUUAGUCCUUAAAUCUAAAUGCUGCAACUUUUAUGUGGUUAAUGUUCAUACACAUUAUUUUA